AUGAAACAACCAUCAUUCUCUAAUAUUGAUUCUCAAUCUGUCAAUGGAAAUGGAAACGAAAUCGUUUUUCCAAAGACUUUAAAAUGUUCUCCGUAUAAAAGAGAAGAUAUGGAUUCUGAAUCGACUUCCAUGAUCAAAUCAUCGUACAUAAAUCGUAUUCUUCGUAGACGAAGAAAUAAUCGUCAAAUAAGAUAUGCCAAUACUUAUCCACUAUUAUAUCUUAUUAGAAAGUUACCAAGACAAAACACAAACAAUCCAUUCGCGAAGCAAAUAUUUGGUGGUUCCAGUUUCCACUAA